CCCACAUUAACGUUUCGUAAAAAAAAAUCCUCUCUACUCUUCCAAGUUCCAACCACCACUCUCAACGAUGGGUUCUCGCUACGAAAUCGAAGUGAAGCUGGAAUCAGCCCGCGGGCUCAAGAACGUGAACUGGCGCUACGGGCCCAACAGGCCCUACGCCGUGGUAUGGGUCGACCCAAGCAACAAGACGUCGACACGUGUCGACGAAGAAGGAGACACCGAUCCCAACUGGGAUGAAACCCUCGUCAUUCCGCUUCCACCAGAGCCACUGGAGAACCUCACGCUUCACGUGGACGUCGUCCACGCUGGCAGGGAAGAAGACACCAAGCCACUAAUCGGCUCGGCUCGGCUCAAAUUAGCCGAGGUUCUAGACGACGUCGGAGUCGGCGUUCCAUUAAGCAGAACUCUCAAACUGAAACGACCCUCCGGAAGGCCACACGGAAAGGUUAACGUUAACGUUACUGUUAGAGAGCCACGCUAUCGUGCGCCGGAUCCAUACAAUGCUCCACCUUACGGCGUUCCACCGCCAGGGUCCAGGGAUUACUCUCCUGCGCCUGGAUCGGGAUACGGUUAUCCUUACGGUGGUGCUCCGCCGGUGCAGGGGUCGUAUUAUUCGAAUCCACCGGCGGGGUAUCCUUACGGCGGGGGAUACGGUGGAGCUCCUCCUCAGCCGGCGGCGUAUGGUGAGGGCGGUUACGGCGGUUACGGCGGGUAUGGAUCGGGGGCUCCGUCAUCGGCGCCGGUGGUAGUGGAGGAGAAGAAGAAGAGUAAGUUUGGUGGGAUGGGGACGGGUUUGGCGGUUGGAGCGUUAGCUGGUGCGGUUGGUGGAAUAGCGCUUGUGGAAGGUGCUGAUUAUUUGGAGGAUAAGAUCGCUGAUGAUGCUGCUGAGAAGGUUGAGGAUGAUCUUGGCUACGAUGAUGGCGGUUACGACGGUGAUGAUUUCUAGAACCAAGAAAGAAACGAAAAACGACGGCGGCUUACUCCAACUUGUCAACUUUUUUUUCUAUUUUUAUGGGGAAAAAAAGAAAAAGAAAAAUAAGUGGCUUCUUUUUAAUUGUUUGAAGUUGACUUGUUAAUGGAAAAUGAUAAAUUGUGUUCAGCGAAAUCUAAUAGUUCUAUUCUGUAUUUUUGGUUU